GCCCAGUUGUUACUAGUUGUGGUUGUUGUGGUUGUUGUUGUUGUUGUUGUUGUUGUUGUUGUUGUUGUUGCUGUUGUCGCUGUUGUGGUCGUUGUUGUUGUUGUUGUUGUUGUUGUUGUUGUUGUUGUUGGUGGUGGUGCUGUUGCUGUUAUUGUUGUUGUUGAUGUUGCUGUUGCUGUUGUUGUUGUUGUUGUUGCUGUUGUUGAUGUUGAUGUUGUUGAUGUUGAUGUUGUUGAUGUUGCUGUUAUUGUUGUUGGCUCUGACACUCAGCCACUUCCGUUGCGGACGCUCGGUCUUUCACGCUCAGGAGGGUAA